AUGGCUGUAGGUUCGGUGCCACCUCUGCCACCGUCUCAACCACCGGCGCCACCAGCUGCUCGCGCCGACAAGGAUCGUCUGCCAAAAAUUGGUGAUGCGUUGAAAUCUGAAAGGCAAAUUUUUCGGUUACAAAAAAUUAUCGGUGAAGGUGGUUACGGGAUCGUAUUCGAAAGCGAACUUGAAAACAGGUGGGCACUUUUACAGAGAUUAUUUUCUGUGAAAAAUAGCUCACUGAGGUAA